AUGAAGGUCCACGUCGCCGAUGGCCCAUUCAACUCCGCGAAAGAUGAGAAAGCUCACAGCCCCCGCCUCACCGUUCGCGUGGUACUUACCGCUAUUCUGGCCGUGCUUGGUGGUGGAUUUCAUUUUGGAUUUCAAAUUUCUAUCAUAAAUCCGAUGGCUGAGAUUCUGCAAAGUUUUCUGUUGGAGAAUUUCCACAGGAGGUACUCAUUCACACUCUCACAAUCCGACUUAUCCUUGAUCUGGUCAACAAUUGCUGGUUCACUCUUCAUAGGAGCUGCUUUUGGAGCUUACAUAAUGUCAAAGCUUCUAGAUCAUAGAGGCCCCAAAUUUGGCAUUCUUUGCUCAGCGAUGGUUCUUUUCGUUUGUGCCCCAAUGGCAGGCAUCUCGCAUCUUCUGGCAUCACCGGAACUUUUUGUACUGUCUCGGCUGUUCUGUGGUAUGGGAGUCGGAAUGGGAACCACAGCACAGGGGGUAUUUCUGACAGAAAUUAGCCCAGUUGCCUAUCGCGGUGUAAUCAGCUCCUUUGGUGGAUUUUCAACAAAUAUUGGGUUUAUAUUUGCCAGUGCCCUUGGAUUACCUACUGUACUUGGCACUAAAACCUCAUGGCCUUAUGCCUAUUACCUGGAGGCGAUACCAUGUUUGUUGCUUAUCGUCGCCAAUCUCUGUUGGUUCCGAGACAGUCCGGUUUAUCUGCUUCGUAAAGGUGAUGAAAAAGGUACAAACAAAGCUUUGGAAGCUUACUGUGGGUCCGAUGCUGGUCCACGAGAAAUGGAACGGGUAGCAAAUGAGGUGAAGACCUACACCACGGGUGGAGAGAUCAAAUGGGACAGAGCCGCACGGCGUGCACUGAUGCUUUCGCUAACGCUGAAUGUCGUCGUAUCAUUCAGCGGAAUCUUGGCGGUCUCCUUCUUUGGCACAUUCCUCCUUCAGUCUAUAGGAUUCACAGAUUAUACGGCAUCUCUAGCCAAUUGCCUCUCAGGUUUGUCUGGCACACUGGGAGCUGUUGUAGGAACUUUUGCCUUAGACCGACUAGGACGUCGUCUUUUAGUUCUUGGUUCGUUAUUGUUAUUAGCGACAGUAAAUACGUCAAUGAUGCUGUUAGUUUACUAUUUUAACUAUACAAAGGAGACCUGGAUAGGUUGGGGAUUCCUUGCGUUGUUCAUUGUUUUCUUGUUUUUGUUUAGCGCUGGAAUCGGCCCGACUGCUUGGUUUCUUGGUGCCGAACUCUCGCCAGCUGGAUGCCGUGCAAAGAUGCAGUCGAUGAGUGUUGCAGCUCAAUACAUUUCGUGUUUUCUCUCUCCAAUCAUCUACUAUCCGCUAAACGCUUCGAUUGGUGCAUCGUCCUUUUUGGUUUUCAUCCUUCCGUUGACCUUAUCUGCCAUCUAUUUCCACAGAAACCUACCUGAAACGAAAGGACGCACUACUGAGGAGAUCGUUGCUAUACUCAAUCAAACUGAAGUCAAGAAGUUGAAACAAGACGUCAGCGAUGCAUAG